CUUAACAAAAUGGCUAAACGUAAAUUGGACAUGGACUCUCUAACUGGUUAUUUACACAAUGUCUCGACAGUUACUUUAUCAGCAAAUGGUAAAACAAAGUACUUUACAGGAACUUUUCAAAUGACCAAAACAGAUACCAAGAGACUUGUUUGUUUUGCACCUGAUAAGCAUGAAAAAUUCGUCUCCGCUGCCACCAUGAAUUCACCAGUAAAGUUGACAGGUGCAACUGUAAGCCCUGGCCGUUCGGGCCAAGUUGACGUGAUUUGCAAUAAAUCAACAACACUGCAAGUGGCAAUGAAUGAAUUAACAUUCAAGAAGCAAAAGAUGCAAACAAAUGACGAAUCCGAACCAAAAGAUUUAAUCAACUUGUCUGAGAACAUGACCGCCACAAUUUAUGUCAAAAUUGUCAAAUUUAUAGAGGAAGAAAUGACAAUCCCAACAAAAUAUGGGAUGAAACAAAGAAGACAAGCAAUCUGCGCUGACAACACUGCCUGCAAAAAAAUGUCCUUGUGGGGACAUUCCAUUGCUGAGGUAGAGGAAGGCAAAUAUUACAAAAUAAAAAAUGUUAUUUCCAACAAUUUCAAUGAUGAAAUGUGGAUCAAUACCUGUGCCACCACCAAAAUCAUAGAGAUAGACAAUUAUGGUCAAGUAAUGUUGGAUCAUUCCUUGCUGCUAAAUGAACUAAAACAGAUUUGUAUUGGACAAAUAACUGUCACCAAGUCGACAAAAUGCAGUAACCAAAAAUGCAUGAAGGCCAUUGCAGUAACCAGUGCUGACCCAACAAUCAAAUGUGACACCUGCAAAAUGAAGCAGAGAGUGCAAAAUCUUCACAAAUCAACAAAAGCAAUGAUAAACACAACGGACAACAUUUCUUACACAAUCUUUGAACCCCAGUUAAAGUCUUUCCUAGAAGCAGAAUCUCAACAGGACCUCAUAGAGGAUUGUGACAGUCUAGAGGAUUAUAUACUGAAUGUCAACAACUUUUCUGUAGAAAUCAACCAGAAUAACAACAUUCUGUCAUUUGCCAGAAGUGCCAUUUGA